AGAAUAUUUUACAGACUAAAGAACUUUUCUGAUCAGUUAUUAACUAUGACCAACAACAGAAAAAAAUGGACUUAACAAACAAAAUGUUCCAGGAUCUUUUCUUAUCCUUUGUAAGGAUUUUUGAAAUAAUGAUAAUUGAUGAUAAUAAUUUCCAAGCAUAUACCAUGUCUGUUGGCACCCAAACUAUUAGAUCAGAACCUGAUGCAGUGAUAUGUAAAUUUUUCCCAACAGAUGUCCUUCAGUUUACUGAGAAAGUGAUAGCAGUGGUUCAUGUUGAGGAAGAGAAGGACAGCAGCUGUGAAAAUUUAAGUGUGAAAUCCAAAAGAAGAAGAACUGACAAUGACAAAACUUCAGCCACAAUUGGUCAUAUUAGUUCUAAUUUAAAGGGACAACAUACAGGUGAAAUGAUAGCUGCAUUGUCGUCAUCAGUGUUUGGUUUCAAUAGUAUAUUUGGGUUUAUUGUACAAGGAACAAAGGCUACUGCUACAUCUCUUCGUACCAGUGGACAAUUCUGGGAGCAGCUGAAGAAUGGAAAUAUAAAAAAUGCACAUGCAACUGUACGCUAUAGCCCACAGUGUAAUAUCUUAACUAAAGAAGGAAGAAGUCAACUUAUCGAUAUAUUUUUAGGAAUGAAAGUAUAACUGCAAUGUCUUGAAUUGUAAAGAAAGAAACUGUUUAUUAAAAAAUUAUUGACAUUGGUUUAAUUCAAAAGUGAAUAUAAUCUCUAAAGGAAUCCAUCCAGUGAACAAUUAAUUUAUUCAAAGUACCUAUGGUACUUUAACAUUAGGAUCUAUCAUAUGUAUUAUAAAUCAUAUAAUUUUUAUCUCUUGCUAUGUAUGACUCACACUUGCCAUGUAUAAAAUUAGGACUCAAUCAAACUUGUCAUGUUGCUCAUGUAAAAAGUCUAAUUUGGUAGGUCACAUUCUGAAAAAGGGGAGGUGGAUUUUUUGUUACAGCAUUGGGAACAUAUCAGCUAUCAUUUGUGAAAUUGAUAUUCCAUAACAGUUGACCAACUCCUGAGUGUGUCUGUAAAAUUUACCAAUGGACAUUUCAUUUUGGUCAUGUGAGCUUAUGUCAUCACUUGGCAUGUCAUCCGUC